AUGUCUUGGGAGGACGAGAACUUUGAGAUUCCAGCAGAUACAAAUGCGGCAGUUGCCGAUGACUGGGAACAAGAGGCAGAAGGUGGAGAUGAUGACAAGCCAUUAUUGGAGUCGUGGGAUGUCGAUAUUGAUGAAUUAGAGAAGCAGAAGAAAGAGAAAGAAGCCAAAGAAAAGGCAGAAAAGGCGGCUUUGAAGAAGAAGCAAAAAGAGGCACUAGAGAGAAAGAAGAAGAAGAAAAGCGGCAAGCCUACACUAUUGAAGAUUGACAAAGUGGACGAGUCUACGAGGAGAAAAAUGCUCAAAGAGGCACAGGUGAAAGAAGACAUGAAAAAUGCAGCCGAUCUGUUUGCCGGAAUGCAAAUUACGAACAACAAAGAUGAGAACGGGGAUGAUGAGGACCUGGACAAGUUUUUGGAAGGUGAUGAGGAGGACGAGGAUUCUCCUUCUGGCACAAUAACAGUGGACACACCUCUAGAUGUGCAUCCAUUAUUCAAAGCAGAGGACAAAGACGAGUAUGUGAAGCUCAGAAAGGCACUCGAGGCCGAGAUGAAGAAACUCGCGCAGGGUAACCCACUCUUGUAUGCAAACAAUCUUGCCAUAGACCUUGUUGUGUCGAUGUGCCAACCUUUGAAAGUUGAGCAGACAAGAAAAGUGAUAUCGACUCUUAAUGUGCAGAUUAGAAACAAGUUGAAGGAGGAGAGACAGGCCAGACUUUCCAAGACGGGCGGAACUUCCUUGGGCGGUGCUGGAAAGAAGAAAGCCAAGGGUAAGCGUGUGAACUUUGGAUCUUCUGGAUUUAGAAAAGAUGAUAUUGGUGGUAUGCUUGCGGACGAAGGCGUCGGUGGGGACGAUUUUGGCGACGAUGAUUUCAUGUGA